CCACCAGAUCCAAGGCCCUCAUCGACACCAGGUACAAGUACUCCUGCAUGGAGCACAUGCAGGAGUACAAGCUCUACGUGUUCUUCGAGCCCGAAGUCAACCUGGCGAUGCUCAGCAUCACCUGCGAGCACCAGCGCCAGCAGAUCGAAGAGGUUGUCAAGGCGCAGCUCGAGGUGGCAAGGUGGGCGAACUUGCUUACCAUGGCGGAAGCAGAGGAGAAGCGGCUUGAUGCCGAGUUCUGGGCGCUUGUCAACAAGUACAAGAAGGGUUGAGGAGGGGGUUGGAUUCUGCUUCAUGGAUACUAUGGUGUCUUUUCUUCUUUUCUAUUCGAUGCCGCUUCUACCCUGGCAGAGGGUUUGGCUUGCACCUUGA